GCAAGGACGCAUUGCUGGCAGUGACGCAGCGACGUGUGACGUGCCUCGGCGGGAGGCUCGGCCCGCCAUGGCCAGGAAGGUGUCCUACUUCUAUGACCCAGAUGUGGGCAAUUUCCACUAUGGUGCCGGUCACCCCAUGAAGCCACAUCGCCUGUCCCUCACACACAGCUUGGUUCUUCACUAUGGACUCUACAAGAAGAUGAUGGUCUUCAAACCGUACCAGGCCUCGCAGCACGACAUGUGUCGCUUCCACUCGGAGGAUUACAUCGACUUCCUACAGCGCGUCAGCCCCAACAACAUGCAGGGGUUCACCAAGAGCCUCAACACCUUCAACGUGGGCGACGACUGCCCCGUCUUCCCAGGGUUGUUCGAGUUCUGUUCCCGCUAUACCGGGGCGUCUCUGCAGGGAGCCACGCAGCUCAACAAUAAGGUGUGUGACAUCGCCAUUAACUGGGCAGGAGGCCUUCACCACGCCAAGAAAUUUGAGGCCUCCGGAUUCUGUUACGUGAACGAUAUUGUCAUUGGAAUCCUCGAAUUGCUAAAGUAUCACCCUCGGGUGCUGUACAUCGACAUCGAUAUCCAUCACGGUGAUGGGGUGCAGGAAGCCUUUUACCUCACUGACAGAGUCAUGACCGUAUCCUUCCACAAGUACGGGAACUACUUCUUUCCUGGGACAGGUGACAUGUACGAAGUUGGAGCUGAGAGCGGACGGUAUUACUGCCUCAAUGUCCCUCUACGCGAUGGAAUCGAUGACCAAAGUUACAGGUUGCUGUUCCAGCCGGUCAUCAAACAGGUUGUGGACUUCUACCAGCCCACCUGCAUCGUUCUCCAGUGCGGCGCCGACUCGCUGGGGUGUGAUCGUCUCGGCUGCUUCAACCUCAGCAUCAAAGGACACGGGGACUGUGUGGAGUUUGUGAAGAGCUUCAACAUCCCUCUGCUGGUGAUGGGUGGUGGCGGCUACACCGUCCGCAACGUCGCCCGGUGCUGGACCUUUGAAACCUCGCUACUUGUGGACGAAGAGAUAAGUGAUGAGCUGCCGUACAACGAAUACUUUGAGUACUUUGCUCCCGACUUCACCCUUCACCCUGAUGUCAGCACCAGGAUCGAGAACCAGAACACCCGACAGUACCUGGACCAGAUCAGACAGACCAUCUUUGAGAACCUGAAGAUGCUGAGCCACGCGCCCAGUGUACAGAUCCACGAUGUGCCCUCUGAUCUCCUGACCUACGAGCGGCCGGAUGACCCCGACCCUGACGAACGAGGGUCCGAGGAUAACUACAGCAGGCCCGACGCGGGGAACGAGUUUUACGAUGGUGACCAUGACAACGACAAGGAGAGUGACGUGGAGAUAUGAGGGGGGUCCGUGCCCACCAGCCGGUGGCACGUCGUGGGGCAGGGGGGCUUCCCUGUCCCGGGACUGAAGCGGCGAUUCUUCAUGCUGCACCCCCUGAGUUUAGUGUUUGGUUCUGAAUGUGGUGCGAUGCGCGGACGGGUUGUUGGUUGGAUUCACCGGCUGCCGAAUGGGGCAGGGAGCCGCUGUCUCCAACAUCCGCCCAGGUAACAUCCAAACCGGGCAUCAGGGGGUUCAGGGAGGUGAGGGGGAGAGACAGCAAGGGAACAUCACCCCUGAGUAGCAGCGAAGGGUGAACGUGCCACAAAUUCCAUGGUUCCCUCUCCACGGACCCUGCCUCUGGGAGGCCCAGGAUAAUGGCCUGUCUAGCGCAGUUCCCCAGACGGGCUGUUCUCCCUCACGUGAUCAAUGUUACCCUCCGCUGUAUCAAUGUAUUGUCAAUUUUAGCCACCCUCCAGUCUCAUUGUUUGUCGACAGUCUGAAGAAAGGUCCCGAAACCUCACCCACCCAUGGUCUCCAGAGAUUCUGCCUGACCGGCUCAGUUACUCCAGCAUUUUGUGUCUACAGUAUUUUUAUCGUUUACAUUGAAUCUGUCCUUUGUGCAGUAGCAUAUCUGGAAUAUCGCUGUUACUGUCCCGUGCCCCCACAUCUCUCUCCCUGCCCCACUCCCUCUCUCCCCAACCCCCUUUCCCCCACCUCCCUCUCUACGCCUGUUU